AUGCCGCUUGUUAGGCGUAAGGAUCCCAACAGCAUGGAGAUGCGGUUCAUGCCGCGCAACAAGGCGUGUCGAAAGCUGCAGCUCACCCUCGGGGAGUUCCGCCGAGUCUGUAUCAUAAAGGGCAUCUAUCCUCAGGUGCCUCCGAAGAAGUUCGCAGGGGACACGUCAUACUUUCUGCGCAAGGAUAUCGUCCACUUAUUCCACGAUCCCAUCAUUCCUAAGAUUCGCGAGAUUGCUGCGCAGCUCAAGCGUAUCAAGCGGAUGAAGGCCCGAGCAAAUGUCCUCGAGGCAAAGCUCUUGCAGGCCCAGAUGCCGAUUAUCAGUUUGGAUCACGUUGUGCUGGAACGCUAUCCCACCUUCAAGGACGCUCUUUCCGACUUCGACGACGCCCUUUGCCUCCUCUUCAUGUUCUCCAGGUUGUCCUCAGAACACGCACCCCAAAAGAUAAUCGACAACUGCAAGCGUCUCUGCAGGGAGUGGGAUGCGUUUAUCGCAGCCACAGGGUGUCUUGUCCGUGCCUUCGUCUCGACAAAGGGUUACUACUACCAAGCGGUCGUCCAGGGCGUGAAGGUCACGUGGCUCGUCCCCCACCGUUUCCAGCUCGACGUCCCAGACGUUGUCGAUUUCAAGGUUCUUAAGAGCUUCGUAGAGUUCUAUCAGACUUUUGCUGGCUUCGUCCUAUACCGUCUCUACAGCGUCCUUCUCAACGGGUACCAGUACCCCCCUGCUGUCCAGGAAGAAGCAGAUUACAUUCUCAGACUCGUAGGGAAUAUUCGGGCACAUGCAACUGCCAGCGAAGUCGACCUUUCUCUUAUCUACGGGCCCAACGGCUGCGAUGAACCGUGUGACAAGAACGGUGGGGUUAGAAACUUGAAUCCGGCAUCUGUCAAGCCCUUUAUUGGGCAGAAGCACGCCAUUUCCCGAGAGGUUCCCCGCGAGCCCCUCGAACUAGUGCUUCUUAGUGGCGGGGCAGACGUAUUCACUUACUCAAGUCCCCCUCACGGGGCCACGCAUAUUAUAGUAGAUCGGCCGCCGCAUAACAUAGAGGGUGUCGUGGGCGCGCGAAUAGAUGGCUGUGCGUACCUCCAACCGCAGUGGUGCUUUGACUCGCUCAACUGGGGGACCACGCUUCCGCACGCUGAGUAUGCGCCCGGGGCCGUGCUGCCUCCCCACGUCUCUCCCUUUUAUGACGACUCCGCUGACGCAGACGGAUACGUGCCGGACAGGGUCAAGGAGCUCGACCAGCUUGUGCGCGAGAAAAACAAUAUGGUCGAUAUCACGACUCUUUCUGUCGCUGCGGUGAAGGGACUGCAGGAGCACGGGCUUUUGGAGGCGAAGGACGAGGCUGCCGCCAAGGUGUCCUCAGUCGACAGCCUGGCAACGCAACUAGCGAAGGCCCAUGCAACGAGCCUCAGAGAGGAGCUCAACCUCGGUUGCGACGAGCAGGAGGCCAGCGAGUCAGAGUCUUCAGAAAUCAACCCAGAUGACUUCUAUCGCAAGGACACCCGGACGCUGGACGCAGAGAGGCUUUCCGAGGAGACCCGGAUGCGCCGGGCGAUGCUCAAUGCAACGAAGGCCCGCAUCUACGAUCGAAUGGUCAAGGAGAACGAGGAGAUCGCGAGGCGCAGACAAGAGCUCGAACGCAGACGCGACGAGCUGCGGCACACCAUCGAGCUGGAAAAGGCAAAGGUGGCCAUGGGCGUGGAUCUCCGACCCCCUGCGCUGCCCAACGAGGAUGAACAGUAA